UACUCCGAUUGCGUGAAGAGAUAAGCUGAGCGACCCGUGUUCUGUUUCGUGACAGCUGGUUUAUGGUUUCGUGAUACGGAUUCAAAUCAAGUCUAGCUGUGCUGGCUUUGUACUGGCUGAGCUCCAUCUUCAACGGGUGUUUUACAGCCCUUCACAUAUUUAACUUGUAGGGAAACAUAGAAUCACUUGCUCACAGCAAUGUACAUGUGGAUUUUAGCCUUACUGCUUUUUGCGAAAAGUGUCGAAUGUGCCACGAAUUCGAACGAGAAAUUGCAGUUCGUCCCUUCAUUACCGGCGGGAAAACCUUACAGCUUGACGAACGAAGAAGAUGCAUGGAGCUUAAAGGGGCUUUCUGAUAUUGCUAAUGGUAUAGCGCUGACAUUGAGAAGUCAUCCUCCAUACGGUGAGAUUUUUGUAUUUUUACUGACGUUUAAGAAAUGGAAAUACAGUCGAGCCGGCCUCUUUUAAGCGGCCUCCUAGUAAUGUUGCGGUGACGAACUCACGUACGGUCCGCGGUCCCGGUGUACAAAGUUUAUUGUUCGUAAAGUAAGAUAUAAACAGAAUCUUUAUCAAGCAACCAAUAUUUAUUAAGAUGUCUCUUAUUGUCCCUUAAUAGAUCUUCGACCGCAUGUAAUCGUUGCUGGUACCUCUGCUUUUGCAUAGUGUCUUAUCGAGCGUUUUAUAAUUUUGUGGUCGUGUUAGGUCUAUUGUGUUCAAGUAGCAAAUAAUUGCUUAGUUGAAAAUUUGCAUGUUCUCUUUUUAAAACAAUAGAACAAACGAUCGCCUUUUUUUCAUUAGUUUGGGUGGAUUCAUUUUCAACAUACGCGUAUCGCUGUCGCAUUUUUUUUUAUUAACAACAAAACAUUCCAACAUGCAAAUGCGACAUCUACAUGCGUAUGUUGCAAAUCAAUCCAUCCUUUAUUGCCAUCACAUAGUUAUUUUAAAUAAAGGAAAACUGUUUUGCUCUUUCCAAGCUAUCUUCAAACAGCUUUUCGGCCUUCCAUAAAAAGCUAUAUGUGCUAUGAAAUUGAAGAAAAAGGACUGAUUACUUCAUACCAAAAGAGAGAAUGACAAGGUUUAUUCUGUAUUUCCGUUGUGGGUAAUCUUGCAUUUAAGGUUAACCCAAUAAAUAAUGGGCCUUUUGCAAAAGUUUGUCAUGUGAUCAACUUUCUGUAAGCACAAAAACUAUUCAUAAUUAAAAAAUAUAUAUUUUAGUGGAAACUGAAAGGGACAUAUUAAAAUAAGGUAACUAAUAUAACUUUCGUCUGUACAUAUCUUAAGUAGCAAAAAAAUAUAUUUCAGUAGAAACUGAAAGGGACAUAUUAAUAUAAGGUAACUAAUAUAACUUUCGCCUGUACAUAUCUUAAGUAGCAAUUGCAAUGAACGCUGCUCUUGCCACCCAGUCAGGGUUGUAAAUUUUGAAAUUUUCAAUGUGUCGUGGAAUCUUUCCCUUAUGCAUUUAAGGGCUAAAAUUUUCUGUUAUGGAUAAAAGAAAGUUUUGGCUGUGAUGGUGGAAGUGGCAGCCAUUAACAGCUGUUUUGCCCUUUCAGCAUGGCAUAUAACUGUCAGACACUGUAUUCAAGGGCCCCCUUCCACCUUGGCGAGUUUAAUGCAAUCCUUCAAGCACCAGCUCCACACAACGCAUGUGGGAGCUGUUGGCUGGGAACCACUUGGAAGUUCUACCACAGGAUGCACUGGGAAGGGGUCAAAUGAGCAUUAAUGUUGAUCAGAAUUUCAGUAAAUUCAAAUUUAUAAGAAACCAACCCUAAAGCAUAUGACACACAGUGACCAGCCUCAAGAAGCCCCAAACUUUUCCUCCCACAAUGUUUGGUUAACAUACCUUUGUUUUUCCACGGGACACUACAUACCUUGCAUUAAGCAAGGGUCCUGUGGUUGAUUUAUACAUUUAAUUUCCAGCUGCAUUAAAAAUUUUGACCGAUAAAUGUUCUUAGGUUCCCCCCCCCUCCCGCCACUGCCAGCAUGUGGUCAUGAUGGACAAGAUUUUUCUGAAAAACAAUCUUCUAAUCCUUUAUAAUGCAUUUACUUGAACCGGGGCACUUAGAAGAUUGUCCAAUCAAAAUGGUUUCUGUUAACAAAAGAUUGUCAAGUUUUUUGGCAAAUUGGCCAGUAAUGUUCAUAAAAUUAAUUUUGAGUGCUGUUUCUUGAGAGUUCAGGAAGUUCAAAUUCAAACAGUUGCAUUGUCGAACCUUGAAUCUUAUUGUUCUGUUUGCCAAAACACUUGGGAAUCCUUUGUUUUCAGAAAUUGUUGUGAUUGGACAAUCUUCUUCCAUGUGCCCCGCUUCAAGAUAGUUGCACUGCAACUUUUAGGAAAUUUGUUUAACUGUUUCUAUUUUUUUAACUUGUUGAACUUAACUGAUAUAACCUGUUUCUGCUUUUAUUGCCAGAUAUUAUUGGAAACAUUUUGGAUAAAUCAUUUGGCAAAGGUGGUAAAUCACCUAGCAUCUCAGAGGUAAACCCCUUUUCUCACUGGAUUGGAUCAAUUCCUGUAACUCACUCAUGAUUGAUGGCAAUAUAUCUUCAUAACACAAUGACAACAAAAAAAGCAGAAGUAAAAUCAUCAGAAAUCUAAAAUUUUGGACUUGGGGGUGGGUCUUUAACUGUGUUAAAAAGGUGUUAUUAGUCAUGUCAUCUGUCAGUUGCUCCAAAAGAAUCUUGUAUAGGGCACUUUAUUAAGCAUGCACACUAUAAGUCUAUGGAUAUUUGCUCCACAGAAGUGCUCCUUCAUUGUAGUGGUGUCUUAGUGUCCAUCUACCAUUAAAGAUUUUCCUACCCUUAACAGAGAUGUUUUAGUGGCAGGUCAUCCAUAUCCGUACCUUUUGCAGAUUUCAGAGGCUUCUUUGAGGUUUUUUCACCUGUCACCUUAAAAAUUGUCUAAGAAUGAGAUGAUUUGUCUGUGUACACGUUCAAGACCUUUCUGAGCUUUUCGAGCUUUUCUUGUAGAAAAAUGUGCCCUGCAAGGUCAUCUGCUGUACAAGGCCUGAGGGGUGUACUUGUAUGUUAUUAUGUAGUCUGCGACUCAGUGACAGAAAUUUCAUACUGAUGAUGUAAAAAAUCAAUGUUUACACAAUAAAUCCUGAAGUCAUAUGGUUUCAAAUGCAAAUCUGUUCAAUUUUAUGUUUCUCCUGGUCGAUUUUGGGAAAGUCUUGUGUCCAUCUGCUGGCAAACUCCAGCAAAACGCAAAUACUUCUCCUAGAGAAGAAUAUGUUUUACAAAUAUUGACUGUUUUGUUUUAGAUUCAUUGGGUUUACAUUUGACCUUUGUAGCCUUUGGUCUUUUUUCUGUCAUUCAUAAACAAAGCUAAAACAAUUUAACUACUCUGUCGACCAAUCAGUGUUUAUGACCAGAUUCUGGACAGAUUUUAUGUCAUCAGUAUGGAGUUUCUGUUGCUGAGUUGCAGAUAUUCCUCUUUGCGAAACGUCCCCAGUGGCGAGAAGCGAGGAGGUAAAGAAAAUUUAAAAUUUGAAUUUUGGUGAUGUGAUUGAAAACCCUACUAAGGACACUCUGUAAGUUUUAUUGUAAACAAUGUGAAUUCUGCUUCUCCCCCAAGGUUGUCUAUCUUAUUUUGCAGAAAAACAUUUGACAAUGCAAGUCUCUGCUUAGAAAUUCUAAGACACAAAUUGUCCUGUCGGUAGAUGUAUGUGUUUAUUAUUACAUGUCGAGGCCCCACUGCAUGUCUCACCUACGUUGGUUUAGAAAAAUAAACAAGUGUCUUCAGAAAGAAGAAUUUUGUAGUUAAUUUGACGAGCUUUAAUUAUUUUAUCUUUGCAGGUUAUUGACUAUGAAGUUCCUCUGAUAGUUAUGGCCUCCUUUGCACUCUCUGCUGCUAUUAUCAUUCCCAUUGUAGGCCUUAUAUUCUGCUGUUGUCGUUGCGGAGGAAAGUGUGGUGGAAACAUAGAUGAUAGAAAACUCAAACUGCACCCCACAAAGGAAAGAGUAGCAUACUCUGUUGGCAUUCUUCUUUGUGCAUUUUUUCUAAUGUAAGUGUGACAUUUCGUGUUGGAUUAGACAAAAUGGGCAGAUUAUUGGUUGGUUGUACAUAAUACGAUUAUAUGACAAUUGCUGGAACCUACAUAUUAUUUGAUUUGCCAAUCUUAGUCUUGCAGGGAGUUUUAUUCUAGCGUCAAGUGUCAGAAUGAAUGAUAGUAUCCCUAAAGCCAGAACUGUGUGGAAAGAUUCCUUUGGUGAUAUCCAGCUUUAUUCUGACAACACACUUGAGGUAACAAUUCGUUAUGAAACUUCUCACCAGUUAUUGAUAAAUUGGCAAUUAGUGCCUUAAAGUUUGUUUGUGGACGUUCAUGCCAGCAAUUCAGACACAGCAGGGUUAUGGUAGCUAUGGGAGCUAGAUAAGCUGGUGGGGCCGAAUUAGAUACUAUUAGUUGAUGACAAUAUGAAAGACAGGAGUUCUUUGAAGAUUUGCAGGACAACAGAGCAAAGUAAAUUGCAGUAAAAUGCCACAGCACAUGUGUGCAUGUCCUACAGGUCACCGAAGGGACUGCUGACUACAUUGACGUGGAGUGAUAUCAACCGAGUUUGCCUUUUGCAAUUAGUAUAUUGUAUGGUUACGUGAUUACCUGCGGUACCGCUCUAACUUAAUAUAUUGUAAGUCAAGUGAUAUAUGGUGCAAUAACUGUGCGAGAGCUAAGUUGCCAAGAUUUUGUAUAUUACAGCGGUGAUUGAAAUGUGUUUUGUUACCGCCGUGUUUUACUGAGGACUUAACAUUGGGGCGUAACAUUGGUGGCAGCAUUAAAACAAACACGAACUUUCUGGAUCCCUGUGUUCAGUGGCAAUAUUUUAAUGGUUAGCGCAUUUGAAUUCCAAUGUUUCUCUUUGUUUUCUGUCAAAAGUCUCCUCAUAUGUUUGCCAUCAUGGUUUCGAUUGUCUGCAAUGGCGGAAAACUCACCUGUGGAAUCAGGAUUCAAGGGAAUGACUUGUUCGACGCCAGUAAAUCCUUUUAAACAGCGGAAACCAUUUACAUCAGUCUGAUUUGUCUGUUUACCCGUCACUAAAAAUGGGCCCUCCAAGUCGCAGAUUUCAAUGCCCAAACCCGUUUGCUUCGCUAGAAUAGAUCCAUCGGUUAAUAUUGGCAGUGCAAGUCACCCAUUUCAAGAAAUCAGCAUAUGUCACAAGGAGCAGUUGACACGACUCUACCGAACGCCUUGCAGAAACUUCUUGAAGGAAGUACUGAUUACUUGACUGACGUGAGGCUGAGAGACUGCCGGAGUUACUGAUCAAUUAUCAACAUGUGUUGUCCCUUUCAGAAGGGGACUUAGGCACAACACAUGUGGUCCCGUACAGAAUCGAAAUGGACAAUGUGUUUCCAAUACGACAACAGCCGCGACGAACCUCACCACUGAAACAUGAUGAGUUUGAACGACAAGUAACCAGCCUCAUACAGCAAGGAAAGGUGAAAGAAUUUGUCAAGCCCCUGGUCUUUUUCAGUUGUGGUGUUAACCCCAAAAAACGUCAGUCCAAGACUGUGUGUGGACUAUCGCCAGCUGAAUACAUUGAGGGUAUGGGAUGCCCUCUGCUUACCGCGAGGUGAUUAUUCUCUUGCCACUUUAUUAGUGGCUGAUGAUGGUAUUCAACUUUGGAUCUUGCUAUGGGUUACUGGCAAGUGGCAAUGGACGCGGACACCCAGGAGAAGGCAGCAUUCGUACUUUCAAGUGGCUUUUACGAAUGGAAUGUGAUGCCUUCCGGGUUUGCAACGCACCCAGAGCAUUUACGAGAUUGAUAGAUCUUGUUUUGAAGGACCUACAUUGGCAAAUUUGUUUGAUCUACCUUGAUGAUGUGAUAGUAAUGGGGCGUACGUUUGGAGAAGAAUUAGAGCGUUGGAAACAGGUGUUUGAGCGACUAUCCAGGGCAGGACUAAAGCUUAAGCCGAUGAAAACUUUUGUCUUCCAGAAACAGAAAUGGGUUUUGUUUCUCAAACAUGUGGUCACAGGGGGUAGUCACAGAGGAAGGCAUCGCUGCAGAUCCUGCAAAGGUAGAGUAGGUUUGCAUGUGGCCCACUUUGGGAAACAGCGUGGAGGUCAAAAGCUUCCUUGGACUUGCCCCUUACUACCGCUGAUUCGUGCAUGAUUUCCUAACCAUAGCUGUACAAGCUAACAGUAGCCAACACCCAUAAGCUUUCAACACCCUUAAGUGAGUGGCUCCUUACUAAGAGACUUUUUUAAAAUGCUUUUUUGGUUUUCAACUGCAGGAACUUUAUCAUAUCGCAGUCAAAGAGGCCAUUCCUACAAUAGAAAAACUGUUGAAUGAUGUCAUUGGUAAGUAUUGGCGAGAAGAGUGCAAAGAGGAAGGAAAGUGAGUUAAAUUUCUCUUUUCAUUUGAUAUCUCUUAACCUUCACUUCCUAUCUUCAAUUCCAGUUCAUGUUACUUUUAAAACUUCAAAGAAAUAGAUUUUUUCUGCUCUCCACCCUUGCAGACUGAAGGGCCGGAAGGAAGUAGGGUAGAUGGGAUUUUCAUGUUCAAGAAACUCCUGUCAAGCCCUCUUGGGCCUUCUUCAGGGAGCUAAAUUCCAAUGUUGAUGAAUAUCUAUUUGAAUGAUUGUGAAUUUGGAUGUGUGUCAAUUUACCCAAUUGGUUCUUUGGUAUGAGUUAUGGGGUGAAGAUAAACCAUCUACACUUAGAAUAUACCGUUAAUACUCAAGCAGGCUACCUUAAAGAACAAGGAAUUAUACAUGUCCAGUUUUUUGUGGGACUUUUGAUAGCAGGUCGUUAAAGUACAGUAUAUUUUAGCAGGCAAAACAACUCUUUAUUCAAAACAACAAGCACUUUGUUGAAAAUUAACAAUAAAAUGAAUUUUUCAGUCGUUUUUUGUGUGGUUUUUCGUUUACUUAAGGUGCUGAUCACGCAACAAUAGGUUUGCUUUCUUUAACUGUUGCUUCUUCAUUUAAACGCAAAAAAUGUAGUUUUCUACAAAACAUUUGGAACUUAUUGGGCGUACAAAACUUUGUGUCAAAACCCUUUGUGACUAGUAACAAUAUUUCUAUUUUUAUCAGCACGUGUGCCGCAAAGCUUUGCUUUGUUUUGUCUGGAAAAGCAGUUAAAUCACUAUAGGGAAAUAAAUUUGUCUUUGGGACAAACUUACGGCUUUAUUAUGACGGUGUUGGCAGAAAUUCUUUAUAUAAAGGAAUAUGUUUUUCUCAACUUUCUGUUGUUAUGAAGCUGUAAUUAUGUUGUCGGUAAAACGUUUCUGAGAUACGUGUUUUAUAGGGAACUUGUUACAAAACUUUUAUUUCUAGGGAAUAAACUUGUGCGCAAGAGAGGUUAUUGACAAUUCAUUCAUUCCCAUUUGAUUUUUUCAGCAAUGGCUGAAGAUAUUGUUGUUCCUGUGCUUAAUCAAGGAGCACCUUUGUUUGAAAGUCUUUUGAACUCUGUUUUGGAUUGUUCCCAGGGUAGGUAUUUGGUCUUUGCAGUACAGUAUUCAUUUAACAAUUUUAUUUAUUCAGAGAUGCCAACCUCUUGAGAUCUGAAAUCUGAAGACUGGGUUCGCAUAGCCUUGAAAAGUCCUUGAAUUUUAGGGGAAGUCCCUGAAUUCCAUUUUUCCUUGAAAAAUCCUUAAAUUUCUGUGCAAGUGCUUGAAAAGUCCUUACUUUUUUAAUAAAGUGGCAUGGAAAGUGUUUUUUAAUGCUUUUUGGUUGUCCAAGACAGAAUAUAAAAUCAUAGCUCAGGGAAGUUACAUUUGUAAAGGUGAUCUACAUAAAGCCGUUUUUUGUUUUAUGCAAUUAAUUUUAGACAAGUGAACCGAAAAAUGUAGAGAAGUUGGUGGAGCAAACAGUUCAAGCCUUGAAGUCCUGUUAGAAAGGACUGGGAAUGGAAAUAUUUGUACAAUCAGUGAAAUUAGUUUCCUGUCAGGUAGUCCUUGAAAAUCGAAUGUGGUCCUUGAAAAGUCCUUAAAAAGUGGUUGAAAAUUUUUUUAUGAGCCCUGGAAGACUUUCACUUUUGCAGCCCCCUUCCCCCCACCACUCUUACUAUGUAAUCCACCACAAGCCCCAUAAACCCAACUUGUAUCCAUCCCUAAAAUAAUUUUUGUCAAGAUCCACGAUCUAAAUCGACAGUCGCUUUCUUAGCUGUAAUGUGAUAAACGGUACACAAAACUAUGCGCUGCCUAUGCUAUGGAGAAACACCGUAUCCAAAAACGGUUUGGGAUUGUGGGAACAAUUUGGGCUAAACUCCUGACUAUAGUACAGAAACGUAUCCUGCUCUUAUAGUACAGAAACGUUAAAAAGACAUUUUUAUCUGGGAGAUAAAGUGAUCCGUGCGGGAGAGAGGGAGAUUUCCCAGGUAUCUUGAAGACUUAACGUGAUAGUUGGCCUUGCUGUAGUAGUGCCCUGAUAUCCCAAGUGGUGCCUCACUUUUGCCUUAGGGAAAAAAGGAGAUCUUCGUUUUUUACAAACCUUAUUACAUGUACUGUGCGCUGGGCGCCUUUGAUUUCACAGUUUCAAAGGUUUUGAGUUUCCUCUUAGAGGACAGCCACGGAGGCCCAGAAUUAACUUAGAAAAAUCUCCUAAAUUUGAAUCAAAGCUCUUAAUAAUAUAUGUGUAUCAGCUGUUGAUUAGUACUAGUUAUGGUCCGUGAUGAUCUAGUUGUCAAUACAAUUUUUAGAGGAUAAUCUGUUAAAUUUUUGGAAUAUUUUUUUUAAAGAAUCUAUGAAGUGAACAAAUCAAGGGGUUAUCUGAUUCUUGUGGUUGCAAACAGUGCUGUCAUCAUCAUAAAUUCUUUUACAAAAACUUCUUGUUUUUAUCACCCUCAGGCAUAACUCAGUCUUUAGUUCUGUUAAGUGAGGUUGAAAGUGCUGUGCCAUCCUUGGUGUCAGUGAGCAGCAACAUCCAACGUGAGCUACAGAUGGCGCAGAAAAACCUUUCUGAUGCUAUCGCCCAGUGCAAAAAAGACUCAGGAGGAGGUGCAUGUAACUCAUUACCUGAAGGGAAUGAUCUUCAAACUGAAGCAAAUUUCACCAAGGUAUUGUCGUUUCCAGUGAUUCUUCCAACAAGUCUCCCCAUGGGUUCUCUCAGAUCAAAACUAACAAGGUAGACGACUGCUCAAAUACAAUCCAGCAUCUAAAUGAGUCAUUAACAUAACAUAAUGUGUAACACAAUCCUGCAUGAAAGAUGCGACACUAUACUAAACAAGACCGUGUCAUGCCAGGAGUGGGGUGUACAGUCAUAAAUAAAAAUAGCCUAUAUUAGUGUGUAUUGCUGUGAAGGUUACAAAGUUCUGUUUAGUCUGGGUUAGAUACAGAAAUCAGAAGGGUUUGCUCCAGAUUAAGGUAUCAUUAUUGAAAUUGAAUGUGAUAUUAGAAACAGAAAAGUUGAAAUUUCUAGUUAGCGGUAAGUUUGGGAGUGUGGGUUGUCUUGUUGCCUUGUUUAGAAUAGGGUUUCUAAAUUCAGCUUGACAUUGUCUAGUGCAAAUUCAUCAGUUUCUGGAAUGCGGCAGAGCCUUCUUCGCCCGUAUUGGAUUGAUCAGCCACAGCCUGACACACUGCACUAAAUCCCUCUCCUCAUGAUGUUCUUGGUCAUGGUCGACAACGAAUAAUACAGCAAGAGCGGCAUUUCAAAAUUAUUUAGAGGCUCAUUUCUCUUUUUCUGUUAGGUCCCUAAUGUUACUGAUACACACAAGAAGGUUGAGGAUGUAUCAAAGACAAAUCUAACAGAUGAAGUUGUCAAGGUGUGUGUUACAUUUUCUCCUGAUAAGGCUCUCUUAUAGUCAUAUUUUGAUUAAGGGUCGCUGUAGAUCUAUACACCAUAAAAUCAAACAGUUUCCCUCAAUCUAAAAAAGCCCAACAUUUUGGAUGUUGAUUACGACUGGGGGACCCAUGUGGUCCUGUUCAUUCAUCUUUGGGACUGUGAUCUCUACUCCCUGACUUUUGGAGUGUGACCCGUGUACAAAAUCGUACAGAAGAUACCGGAAAACUCAAACGUUAGAAGUUAACGUAGUAAAAUAGAACCAUGAAAAAAUACUGCUCAAGAGGCUUCAUUUGAAUGGAUUUUAUCCCACUGACGCAAAAGUUGGGACUGCAUACUAAGCAGCGUGUACCUUGUUAAUAAACUGUUGAAGAGUUUUCAUUUGAAUGAUUUCGCAAAGGGGGUUCUUUCCGACUACCAAAAUUAAGAACUGGAUUAUACCAUUAGAGUUAAUGUGGGUGUGAGUGAGCCGUGAUUCGCAAAAUGUAAGUUCAUCAUGUUCCUCACUUAAAUUCCAGUCACAUUAAGCCAUAUUUUGUCCCCGGCCACUAUCGAUUGAAAAUUUGAUAAAUUUAUAGUGAAAAAGUUACCUGCUUUAAAAAGGCUUUUUUUACAUGGACACACAAUGGGGGAAGAAGCCUUUGGGACUCGCAGACGUUCGUGCCUGCUCAAUGCAGCUUUCAUUUUAUACAGAACAGAGGUCAUCAGUGAUAAAGCAUCUUCAUAGUCAGAGGCUGAUGGGACUCUUCUUUAGCUCAUGCCUUUCAAUGAAUGUUUCAGUUUUGUUUAUCGACAUAAUUUCAAUUCGUGUUCAAAGUAGUGGAUCGGUCGCAGCGUGGUGUGGUUUUAUCCAGCUUUCAUUCUUGACAAUCGUUUAAGCAAGAGUUUAUUGGGACCCAAAGCAACUCACGCAUGUACUUUCAGUGAAUUGGUUUUAAUUUUGUUAACACUAUAGCGUGGUUUAUAUUUUCAGGGCAACGAGUCUGUGCACAACAUCCUUCACAAAGUUCAGAACUUGACAACAAAUUUGACAAAAGGUAUGAUUUGCCAGUACACUCCUACUUAUAUGAACAUAAAUCAGUUGCUUUUAUACGGUAACUCCGUGAUCAAAAAUUUUCUUUGUUUUAUGACUUCAGACUUUCAGAACUUUUCUGAAAAAAUACAAAAUGUUGACGCUGAUGUAUUGAAGCCUUUAAAAAAUGACGUUAAUAAGGUAAGAAUACCUUACAAUUACCUAGAUAUCAACAAAUCAAUAUUUUAAAAAACAAAGUGAAGUAUAUUCACUGUUGAAACCUCAUCUUCUUUAGCAUUAAAGCUUUUAACAAAUUAAGGAGAUCGUCUAAUGUGGAGCAUGUCGAAUUUCCUACAUACACAUCUUGCAUACAUUCAGGUCUGUUUUCAUCUCCUCCUUUGUAUUUUGAGCUUUUAUAAUUUUGUAGGUUCUGUUUGUUCUUAUUAGAUGUCGACAUUUCAUUUUUUUUCAAAGUCGCCUGAAACUAAGCUUACAAUUUGGCUCCUAUUCUUUAUUUUACUUGGAAAACGAUUCAUUUUCUGCCUUCAGCGAUGUUUGUAAGAAAACCGUUCAAACCGGUCUUUUGGAAUAGGAAUAUCGACGUGAGAUAUUUGUGCCUGUUUAGAGCGUAAUAUUAUUUGUACUCUACUGAGUGAAGUUAAAUAGUAUCUGGGCUGUGAUUGAUUUUGCGGGCCCUAAUCUACUGUAUGGCGCGCUAAAUUAAUUUUCCGCACGUCCGAUUGAGAGAUAAUUAUUACCAUGGAAACAUCGUUAUCUCGGUCUGUAAUGUAAGUUUUGGAUCCUGGUGUUUUCCUCUGAUUUAUGGCCUGGGUGCGAUACUCCAUCCAUAACUUACAGAACACUCCCCUACAACUUAGCUCUUCUCUGUAUAUACGCAGUUUGAUUAUUCACGACUCAUUCCAUGGAGUUUCCUUAUCUUUUGACAGUAUUUACAAAAUUCGCUAUACCCGUUAAGAGACAAUGUGGAUGACAAAUAUCUUGGGCCUAAUGGAAUGCUCUCCAAAUAUGACAAGUACAGGUAAGACUUUAAUUUGCUGCAAGUUGUGUUGCAAGUUAGUAUGUGUAAUCAAAUGGUGACUAGUGAAAUCAAAUGAAUGAUUUCAGUUUUGUCCAAAUUAGGGAAUUUCCCGAUUUCAGGGCGUUUUGUCAAAAAACCUAAUAAUUUCCCGAGCCUUCAGGGCGAAUUACGUUGGAUAAACAUGUCAAAAAUCCAAGAUUGCUAGGAUCGUAUCGACAAAACUCCUCUCUCAAAUGUUUAGACCUUAAAUUUGGCUAAUAAAGUUCAGACUUUUUCAGACUUUUUCGGCAAAAUACCUGUUAGAAUCCUUGUUGAUGUUCUCUUAUGUGUUCAGGUUUUCUAAACGUCUUUUUGUGUCCUGAUUUCAUUCACGAUUUUAAAACCGUCGCCAUCUUGACACUGAGACGUACGGAAGGGUUGCCAUGGCAUGGGUGACGAAUUACGUUAGCAAUCUUGGAUUUUUGACAUGUUUAUCCUGGAUCGUAUCGAUCGAGAACUUCACUCUCUCAAAUGUUUAGACCUUAAAUUUGGCUUAUAAAGUUCAGAAUUUUUCAGACUUUUUCGGCAAAAUACCUGUUAGAAUCCUUCUUGAUGUUCUCUUGUGUGAUCAGGUUUUCUAAAGCGUCUUUUUGUGCUCUGACAUCUUCAUUCACGGCAUUUUAAAACUUCGUCGCCAUCUUGACACUGAGACGUACGAACGGGUUGCCAUGGCAAUUUUGUAAUUUCACAUAUUAACGCUGAAAUUUCGCGCCAAAAUUAAGGAGUAAUUCGUCACCUAUGAUAUUAUACUAGUUAUGUCACUCCUCAUAGGCGGGUCAGAGUGAAUUUAACGUUAUGCCUUUUGGAUGCUACAAUGCUCCUUCAAUCUUUUAGAGGCUCAUGGGACCUUUGCCAGCUGGAACACCAUCGGAGGUGUGUGAAAACGCUUGCUUGAAGCCAAAAUAAUUUUGUUUGUAUUUUGGAACGCGUGGACAGCGUUAAAGGUGAAAUCUCAAUGAAUCAGAUCGAUCAAUGCAGGCUUUGUACAUUUGUCUUUUUAAUCCGUAUAAAGGGAAGGACCGCAAAGGUGAAGUUUUAGCUCAAAACUUCCAGAAAAGUGGAUUUGAAAUGGCAAAAUAUGACAAGCAUUCAAGAAAACAGGGAAUAGUAUUUUCGAUCCGCGACGCGUAUUUGUACAAGGUCAAAGCUCAGCUAGACAGAGAGGUUAACCGUUCUCGCCACGUCACAGACAACUAGAGUUGCUCUUGCAAAAGCAUUUAAGAACAAAGCUGACUCGGCAACUGAUGAGAACAGCGUGGAGAACCGAAACCAUGGACUAACCUGAUCAGAAAGUAGCAAUAACAGAACAAUCGCAAUUCAAAAGUUAUAACCAAGUAAUCAUUGAUUAAUCAGCCGAGAGAAUUUUUAAACAUCCCUUCAAAACAAAAGACAACACCAACGAGCUGGGCCCAGUAUGACAAAACAUUGAAGGAAACCAUCGCAUUCCCUGACCAAAGAAAAUCGUUUUUUAGUUAUUUUUAGGUUGUCAGAUCCAGGAGGCACUUUAAAGAAUACAUCAAACGACCUUAAAACCCUUUUUUAGUCACAAGAAGAGCUUUGCAUUUCAAAAGAAGUCAAAGAAAAUGCUCUUGCAUUGGAGGGCAAAUCUUGCCGACCAGAAUAAAUAACAACCAGUGUCACGUACCAUACAAAACCUCUUAGUAUGAAACAAACCUUUAAUCGACACAUGUCAAUAUUCGACUAGCCGAGCCAAUCAGGCGCUGCGUUCGCUGGCGAACGUAGGUUUUCAAAAUCGAGGGUUUGUCAAGCGUUUCCUUCCUUCUUCUCCCCCUCCCCCCUCUUUCAUUUUUGGCUCUCGUUUCAUUUCUCGCGCGGCCAAAACCGAAAAUUCCGCUCCUCGGUCUUUCCUUGCUCCGAAACCAAACGGAAACGCUUGCUACGCAGGCUAGACGAUUCAUUGAAACUCUGUUUCCCGUGGAGACGAUUUAUCUAUGGGACCGAUUGAGAUUCUUGUCUGGUCGGUGGGUUCAGUUGAAAAGAAUGCAAGCACUGCGUUUGAAAGGCCAGGAACUUAAGUAUUUUGGGUUUCUUUUGGUUGUAUGGAUUAUCUGUCCGAAUGGCCUCACACGUAUACUAAGCAAAGUUAGAAGUGUUCGAAAAAGGGGAAAAUUUAAGACCCACAGGAAAAGAAUGCCAGACUUCUCAUGGUAAUGAAAAGUAUUGAAGUGCAACAAUGAAGAAAGCUGAUGUAACCAAGAUUGAGGUACCAGCCAAAGUUCUUGGCUUCCAGCCUCCCUCUCACCAAAAUCCCCACCUAAAGAGCCACCAUGCUUAGGAGAUUAUCACAGAAGACGACAUUCAGCUACGGAAAUAGGUUGGAAACUUGUACUUCUCGAGAAUGUCAUGUUGUAUUGUUGCCACCAGCACCAGAAUGAUUAGUCUUGUUGCAUCAUGUGCAACAUCUCUGUGUGUCAACAGUGAAGCCGUAAACCUUGUCAAGAGGGAAUUGCUGUUGUGUAGGUGACGACAAGUACUUUGGUUCUGCACACCGGAAUAACAUCAACCACUUCUAACACACUGGCAACUCAGCAGCCAAGCUAAAGGAAGAUCGUGUUUUUUAUAGGGCAUCCUAAGCAAAUCAGUCAUAUUGUUGGAGAAACUUGCUCUCUGACUCUUAUUUAAAACAUUGAAUUCGUUAAUUAAAGGACCAAAGAUUAGGGGAAAAUAACGUUUGGUAGAAAUAGGGAUUGAAGGAAAACACCCUGAUACACAACUGGAAUGAUGACAAGUAUGAGUUAGAGUUAGAGGUCAAUGAAAACGUCUUAUAAUGAACAAGAAUAGACGAAAUGAUCAGCCCCGAAAUUGCAAAAAAUGUAGCUACUCUGAGAGUAAAGAUACUGCCUGCUAUCAGGGUACUAAGUAUAUUUUGGUCAAAUUACUACAGCUUUCAAUUUAUUUACUGCAGGCUUUGGCUGCCCACACCCUUCGUACCCCGAAAAGAAAAGAACAUGUAGAUCCAUUAUGUGCAACAUAUCUCCAGAUAACGGUUAAAUCACAUGUUCUUUUUAAUUUCUUUUUUUCUUGAGGCAUGUGGCCUUCAUUGUGUUGGGUACAUUGACGCUGCUGGAUGCUUUGCUGUUGAUUGUUGCUGUGAUACUUGGCCAGAUUGGCUCAACCACAUAUGACACGCCCAGCAGCAGGAGCAACUGUACAGACUGGGGCGGAAGACUUAUGAUUGGGUAAGUGUCUCGUUUAUUGCUGAAAGAUUUGAACUCAGGAGUCAGUUCAGGUGGAAUAUGAUCGCCCGGGUGUGCGUAGUCCUGACUAGGACUGUUGUUGAGAGUACCUGACGUUUCGACAACCUGUGCAGUAGUUAUCGUCAAGGUGAUACAACUCACUUUGACACUGAAGAUGACUAACGAACAGGUUGUCGAAACAUCAUUCACUGUCAACGACAGUCCUAUUCAGGACUACGUUCACCCGGGCGAUCACAUUCCACUUAAGUAGGUCUUGUUAGAACCUACACAGUUCUCAAGAUACUGAAAGGAAGGUCAAACUACGUGUGCAUGUACUAUUUAUCCUGGAAUAAAGGUUCUGCAACUUGAUUUGACCGAAGAUUAAUUUUUAUUCUUUCAGAGCUGCUGGACUAUUUUUCUUCUCCGCGUUUCUCAUAAAUCUCCUGCUUGGAAUUCUGUUUCUUUUGGGGUCAAAUAUUGCGAUUGUCUGUGACGAUUUACCUGAUUAUAAGUUGCUUCAAAAGGUCAGCCCAUCCUCGAUUGACUAUGUUACUGUCUCAUAUAUUACCCAUAGCAAGAAAGCAGUUGUUACUAUAGAGAUAAGUAAGCGUUGCGUUUCAAGCAAAGAAAGUAUGUAAUUGAUAGAGGAUAUUACAUGGCCACGAGGAGAUACGAAAUUUCUCUUCGAGUGUUGAAAAAAUAUUUCACUUGUUCGCUGCGCUCACUCGUGAAAUAUUUUUCAACACUCGAAGAGACAUUUUGCAUCUCCAAGCGGCCAUGUAAUGUUCUAUUUAUUAUACAAACACCAAUGAACUACCAAACCAUUUCACUUUAACAGUUUUUUGGUGUGAAAGGCGCGAUCUAUUAUGUAGCCAUAGCAACGGUGAUAUUUUCACAUGUGAAGGUAACAUGUUAUUUUCACACGUGAAGAUAUCAAGUUUUCGCGCGAAAGCUCACCUGGUAUUUCAUUGGUGUUUAUAUAAUAAAUAGUUAUAAUACCAGAUUAUCUAGCUAAAUGACUUAUGCUUUUCCGAAAGCCAGGACAACUUAUGGAAUCGUCAACAUAGGAUUUCAGUGUGCUUUAAUCUGGAAUGAUAUGACUGAUGACAUAGAGCUUCUUCCUCUCAAACAUUUUGAGAAAAAUCUAAAACUAAUUCUUCUUAAAAACUACUGAAAAUUGUAAUAUUUAACACCAUGAUUUUUCUGGCCUUCCGUUGUUUUGACAUUGAUGUCCUUAGCUUUUUUUGGUUUCUUCAUUUUGUGUCCCUGUACAGUAUUAGUUGUUUGGACAUUGUUGUCAAAUAGACUUAUAAUGGGAUGUUACGUGGAUGUAAGUGUCAAAUAAUAUAAAUAAUAGUAAUAUCAAGCUUUGUGCUUCCAUCGUUUUAGCAUUGGUGGAAGCUUUGAAGCUUUUUUCUAGUCUUUUUCGUCCCUGGAACUUAGUGAAACCAGACUUACCACGCUGGCUGCUGUUGCUGCUGCUGGUUCAAUUAAAAGGAACCUCUUGUAGAUUAAACCAGACUUGCAUCCGGGCUUACCCGGGAGGUCACUUUAAUUAAUUGCUUUUUUUUCAGACCAUAGAUGACCCCAAAAUAAUGGGAGAGUAUAUAUUGUCUAAAGCGCUAUUCAAAGAUGGUAAUAUUCCGUUGACUACGUCUGGAAUCCUUAGGUAUGUUUUCCUUUUUUUAAAACAGCUUUACAGUGACCUUCGUGUGACCGUGCUUAGGUGUAGUUGCAUUCAAUCAAACCUCUUCUAACGGAAACGUUUCCCAUACUUCCCACACGACUGUCAAUUUAAGAAAAAAAAGUGACACUUCAUAGUUAUACAGGACUGAAAAUACUUUUUCUUUCAAGAAAGGAUGUGUGUCCGAUAUAUCUGACCAUUUUAGUGGGAAAGACCCGAAAAGACCCGCAUCUGUUUGUCUGACGCAUUAGGUUACGCUUCAUCUUCAUUUCAUGCCGCACGCAAAUUACGUCGUUUUUUCGACGCAACAGGUGACACUUCACCAUCAUGUCAUGUAGCACUCCGAUGACCACAACUACCACUUUUUGCAAAAUUUUUUUUUCAGUAGAAAAAAAUAAAUUGAUAAAAUGACAAACAGCGACUAGAGCGUAAUAGAUUCUCCUUGUUUGCGAACUGAAUCAUACAGUGUUUUGUCUGGUUUUCAGAAUUAUCGCUUUUCUUACUGACGGACAUUAUGGACAUACGACAUGACUGCAUAGUGUUACGGUUUCCUAUAGUAACUGUAAACACAAAAAAUUCGGAAAGCUGAAAUAAUGCGGGCAGUAAACUCUGUCCCUUUAAUUGUUGCCGCAAAUUUUGAUUGUUAGUUCCCCUUAGGCAGUUGAAAAAACGCUUUCAGUCGUGCUGUGGCUGUGUUCUUUUUAUCGUUCUAGUGAUUGCUCUAAAAACGAUGCUCCAUGGGAUGCUUUUAAGAUGGAUAAUCUGUACAAUCUUUCAGAUGUGCUAAGUUACAAAGAUGUAAGUCAUUGUUUACAGCUCUUUCGAGAAAAGUUGUCAGAAAAAAUGUGCACACGACAAUCCUGAAAGCUAAUUUGGGAUAUGUUCAAUACACUGUUCCCAACGACUGUAGCUGUCGAACCUACGUUUGCUGCUUUCCUUUAGCACCAGCAAACAUAUGUCCGUGGCCUCCCGUGCCAUUCUUUCAAAUGUCUCUAAGAACAGUGCACUCAAAACCACCCACAAUGCCUUUCGGGAUUGUCGCGUGCACUUUUUCUGACAACCUUUCUCGAAGUAGCUGUAUACGCCUAGCUUGUCAGUUCACUCGGGAGCAAGGACAACAUGUUGAGCGGUGUUUACAUGAGAAAAACUGGCAACGGUUUAUACCGGAGUAACGGGUUGUUUACACGAGAAUUUCCCUCCGGUGCGAAAUCUCGCAACGCCACUCGUGUAAACGAAUACAGAGGCAUGAGGGUAUCGAAGUGAACACGCAUGCAGGGAUAUGGCCGCCCUUGCAUCAAGUAAAUAUCCUCGUUAAAAAAGAAAAUGUUGUGCUAUGGCUUUGGUCAUCUCGAUUAUUUUCAGUUCUUUUUAUUUUCAGAAAAUUCCAGGAAUAGAUAAAGUGUUUGCGGAACUAAACAGCACAAUCAUCGACACCAAUGUUUUGUCUGGAGAAGCUAAGACAACAGUCAAUGAUUCUUUGAAUGCUGGGGUCCAUGAAAUUAACUACACUCAGUUCGAAGAACAGGUCAGGUUAUCUUGAUCUUUUAAACUACGUACAAACGGACCCAACAACUCCUACCAUUGUUUGUUGGGCCAACAAUGCUUGGAGUUGCGUCCGUAUUGGCAGUGGUGUGCAAACAGAUGUAACAACUCCCAACACUGUUGGGACAUGCGGUGCGUCGUGGGAAGGAUACAACCUAUAAGACUUUGGAGACCAUGCGUAAUGCGCGUGCCUGGUCCCAACAAUGCCGACAAAGUUUGAAGAGCUGUGCAAACGGAUCCAACUUUGUUGCGCUACGCUUCGGUGAUUACGGAACAAGAGAAAUGUUGGGAGAAGUUAGCCCAAGAAUUUGACCGGUUUCAAACUUUGCGCAACAUUUCCCAACAACACACAACAACAUGCACCAGGGUAUGCAUACGGACGCAACUUGUAACAUCCAACUGUGUUAUAUUCCUAAACUUCCACUCAACUAAACAGGGACUGCCAUUGGUUGAUUCUUGGUCACAUGGCCUUGAAUAAAAUAAAAUGAAUCCCGAUCGUGAUACAUCUGAGCAAUUGUACCCCGCUCGGGAUACAUUACGAUGAACAUCAAAGCAUGGUAGAAAGUGGCGUGACAGAAGGAGGGAAAAACACUCCCAGUUUUCUUUUUCGUGAAUGAACACAACAACACAAACAUGAAGCCUCAAGCUAUAUAAAAAAAACUAACUGUUUCCCUCGGGACCUGACAUUAAGUGUAUAAUGUUGCGUCCGUUUGUACAGGGCUUUAGCCCCAAAGGUAAUGAUCGUCAAUUUCGAUUGACAAGUACAAGUAGAAGUACAAGUAACUUAAAAAAUGCUUAGUACGGUCUUGAAGCCGUAAGUGAUUAGGAACUGGUGCCUGCUUCUCGAAAAUCCAGUUAACUUUUCUAAAGAUUAAAAGCGCGGGUUUUAGAUUACAAACUCGUCCCCUUGGAUAGUUUUGUCGUACUAUCUGGAAAUUGAACUUCUGAAACCAUGAUCUUGAAUGGUAACAGAACAGUUUUCCGUGUCUGUUAAUUUAUCGAGAAAUGGAGCCCUGGUUGCUCAAGAGAUUUUCUCUUGAUACUUUUAGACACUUACCUUUACUUUUUACUGUUAAAACAUACUUUGAUGACUUGGUUACCAGAAUCUUUUUGGUCAUUGUACGGUGUAUUGGGCGUUUUUAAAGUAAAAUUUGAAUUCCGCGAUGCCCAAGGAAAAGCGAAAAGUAUGUUUGACCUUCAAGCUCUUUCAUUUUGCUAUCCAAACUCCCUUGUUCAAUUUACUUUGAUCCGUAAAGAACUCAGCACGUAUGGCAUUUGGCGAAGUAUGACUGUUGUAGUCUCGCGCUUUUUUUUGAGUGUUCCAGCAAUGUUCCGAAAAACACCCUUGCACACAGUGACAGAUGCAGUGACACAUUUUUUCCACAGGUCAACAAACCCAUUGUCAAAGUUUCGUUACAGGAGUUUGUAUCAAACCUUACUAAGGCAGCUAAGGCGAUGGAAAUUGUUAGUCAGGUAAAGUCCACUUGUGUUCAGUAUAAUAUUCUGGUAAACUGCAUACUCACCCCUCCCCUGACCCAACGGUAACACUUACUUCUCACUUGGGACAAAAUGUUGGGUUUAGGGAGGGAUAGGUGGUACUGAGUAGUACGUUCAUAAAGCUACUGUAGGUUAAAUCUUUUAUUCAGACAACCAGAUCAAGGAUUUGUGUGUACGUUUUGUUGCAGCAAGCAAGUGAUCUCUUGAGUAAAACUGCGAGCAGACUUCAGCAUUUAGAUACGACGGAGGUCAAGCCAGCCAAACAGCAAGCCGUAAGUAUUGCGUGUGAGGAGGAGGUUUUAAGUGCAACUGCGGAUCAGUAUACUUACAUACGUUACCUACCCUUUCCUAACCCAAAAGUCUUCUGGAAAUGAGAAGGUAGUGUUAAGUAUUGUUAUAGAGAUUGUUGGGCAUUGUAGUAGUAAAGUACUCUUUCUAAUGCAAAGCGAAAUCAACGUCACAGAAAACGACGUUUUACCUAAGAAUGAAAAUGGUUUUUGUUUUCCAGACUAAAGCAUAGUGAGUCUCUAUACAUUUUUUCUUUUAUGGUAGGGGGACAGGAUAUUUGCAUGGAUUCUGUUUUAAUAUGUUUUGCGAAAGGGAACAUUCCAACGCAUAAUUUUUGUGAUCAAGAAGAAGAAAACCAUCGACUUGUACUGAAUAGAAAGAGCUCUUUCGUGGCUAACGUGGAAUACGUAAAGCCCUUUCUUUGUCCUAGAAUCCGAUUUUAAUGAUAAAAGUUUGUCCUUUGUUUCAGAAAAGUCUGGGUCAACUUACCAGUCAGCUCAAAGAACAGGGGAAUGUUAUAGUGGUAAGGCAAUACGCUUUUUUUUCUUUUGCUAAACGGCUGUAUUAAAUCGCGUUGAAGAGAUUUUAACGGAAAAUAUUGGUUACUAGGUUUUUUUCAUGGCACCGCCUGUCGGCAAAUGUGAAAUAUUUGUAAGGGCGAAUGUUGCGUACAAAUGUAACAGUGAUUUUUGGCCAUGUUUUAGUUUUGUUGAAGGUCAAGUGGGACUCUCUCACGGCAAGAGAAAAAUGGCUGAAAGGAGAGAGACUUCUGCCGGCCUCCUCCUACAGAACCGGUUUGCGCGAUAACAACUGUCCGAGGGCUCAGAAAUUUCUAGCGUGCAGUCUCGACAUGGCACGCGCAUUCCACAUUGAACGAAACCGGGUUUGCAAAACAGUUAAGUAAGUUUCAGCCACAAAUGUGGUUGGUGGCUACAUAAAAGAACGCGCCAGAGACCGGCAGUGGUCUCUCUUUUUCUUCUUCUCCUGUCGUUAGAGAUCUCUGCUAGCCUACAUGUAGCAGCACCCUUCAAGGGGGAAGCAUAUUCUGUUAGAGGUAUUUAUCUUUUACCAUUCCAAUGUUUGGCUCCUAGGAUUCUUCCCAACGAGUGGUGGAAGAUGGAAAUAAAGUGGCACAUUUUUUGGAAAAUGACGCAUUAGCCAUUGCUGCUAGAGUAAGUGUUUGUAAUUAUCGCUAAUCAACAAUUAUUGGAUGAGGAAAAGAGUGAUAUGGCGAAUUAUUAAAGUCGAGGUUGAAGCCGAAGAUAAAACCGUAGAACUAAGCGAAAUCUUGAUAAUUCGGUCUACAGAGCGUUUUCACUCACAUGGCCAGCUCAUCUACGCAGAUUCAUUGGAACAAAAGAAACUGUUUACGUAUGAAAAGAGUUCAACUCCAAGAAGAUUGGCUUGGAACACCAAUAUGGCCGCCUUGACGUCGAGUAAAAACGCUCUAUUACGCGAAAAUUGAAUUGAAUAAUAAUUGUUUUUUAAUGACAUAAGCGCCGAUGAAAUACCAGGCAAGCUUUCGCGCAAAAACGUGACAUUUUCACACGUGAAGAUUUCGCCGUUGCUUUAAAUCUUAAUAACCUGUGCCUUUCGCUGAAAAAAAAAAAAAAGAAUCUGAAAUAGUUUGCUAUUUCAGUGGUGAAACACCAAACUCUGCGCUUACUCGUGAAUAUUAUUUAUUAAUCUGCGUGGCUAGUGGUAUCCUCGAUGUAAUGCACAUACAUUAGCGAACAAGCGAUCAAGAACUUGAAACAAACACUCAAGUACAAAUCAACUUGCUCGCAACAUUUAAAAGCCUUCAACCUUGUUCCCGCAGCUUCCCAAGAAAGUCGCUAAACACAGCCCGCAAAGUUGUCUCUCGCUUUUUGAAGAUCGCCAAAAUCAUUUAAUAUAAAGUCCUCAUAUACACUCUUUUUUUUUUCUAUAAGAGUAUAUUUUACAAGAAUAUCGUGGCUGAAAUUUGCAAACUUUUAAGAAUAUUUUAAGAAUAAACCUGACGAUGAAAUUUCGAAAAGGAUGAGUAUUUUGAGUGAUGAAAAUCUAAAAGAUAUGUUUUUAACUUAACCUUAUCAAAUUAUUACUUCCUCCCACGGCAAAAGCCACGGCAAAACAAUAUUCUUAUAUAUAAUUAAGAGUGUAUACUUUACCUGAUUCUACCAGUUUAUUUUCUUUUUGACUCAUGUUUAAACGUCGGAAUAAUUGAUUGUAAAUUAGCAAACUUAUUAUCCACUUGUUUUGCUGUCUGCUUUCUUAGGGUGUUACGAAGCACUGGAACACUGUUUUUGGCGAUGUGGAUUAUUUCUUAGCCUUUGCUAUAAAUCAGGUGAACACUUAAUUAUUCGGUGUCAACUUUACACGGGGAGCGGAAAGUACUUUAUAUCAGUGUCAAUGUAUUGAGCAUUAAAGUACUACUUGAAGACACCAUUUUAACGUCUCCUUCUGGAGACGAGACCAUCAUUUUAUCAAUUGUACAUGUAGGGGUGUAACGAUUCAUAUUCCUUGCGGUUCGCUUCGAUUUCGAUUAUUUCGAUUCGAUUAUGUAAAUGUUUCUUAAUUCUUAUAACACAACGCGUAAUGCAAACAACAUGCAACCCUAAACCCUCAAUUUGAGAAUAGUAGCAGGGACAAGAGGAUUCACAGUCGCUUGGUUCGUCGCCAUGUUUGAGAACCUGACAAAGAGCGUGUCGCACAUAGUUUGCCUUAUUUGGAAAUUCUCAAGGGGUGGUUGAUGGACAGCAUUUUUACCAGGCAACAUAAAAUGGCGCACGAAAUGCUAUCGUCUUUGCUCGUCAAUCAUAAACGCACAAUUUCAAGCGUUCUGGAUUCCGAUUUUACAAUCUAAUAACUCACUAAGGGCACCCUGGAAAAGGUGUGCAAUAAUCAAACCAAACUCGAAACAUGGAAGCAAAGAAUCGUGAAUUGAACCGAACGGUCAUAAUAGCGAUUAAUCGAGAAUUCGAUUAAUCGUUACACCACUAUGUACAUGGUCAUCCGAGCCACGUGAAGGUCUAGCCAUUUGCAGGGAAAAGGCAGUACCCUCAUUUCUCAGUUGUUUAAGACCUUGAGUAUUGGUCCGAUCCCGGAAAUCGAACCCUCGACCCCCUCCCGACGCAUUCAGUUUUCAAAAUGGCGACCUCAUUGAUGAUUUAAAAGCCGGAUUCGAUAUCCGACCACGGUUGAGCCGGUUUUUAUCCGAUAUAGACCAAUUUUGGGUCGGUGACCGACUGUUAUUUGCGGGCUUAGUUAUUGAUAUUAACGAAGUUUCUUGUACAAGGUAAAACGCACUAGGCCUUACUUUUCCUCGUUUACAAGCGCUCUGUACGUGAUUGUAAAACUUGUUAAUAGACCUCUCUACGCUUGUAGGUUUUCUGUUUUCAAUUUAGGUAUUAUUGAGCACUCUUUCGACCUGUUUCUGCCCAACUUAAGUAUAUGAAUACGGCAAUGUGCCUAUAAGGCCCUGUCCACGUCGUUGUCAUCUCUGGACAUUGCAUUACUUGCAUUGGGAACUAACAAACCAUACAAGCCAAUAAAGAGGCCCAUGUCAUCGUGAAAAAGGGCAGUUUUUUUUUUUGAAGAUGUAUUGAUGCAAUCGUUUACAUGAAGGGUCCAGUAGAUAAGCUUAUAAAUCGAACAAUGAGUACGUAUUGCAUUUUUAUCUGCUAGUGGAAAUCUUCUAACGUGCUGUUCAGCACACAUAUAGAUACGUGAUCAGUUUUAUUUGGCCCGUUACGCAAUACUCCUCAGGACGAAAUAUUCGGGACGGAGCGUUGCUUGACGACAAAUAACUUCUACGUAGAAGGAUGAUACAAAACUGACUUAAAAUUUUAACAAAGUACUCACAAUGCAUCUCCUAUACUUACUCCUAAUCCCCCUAUAGAUAGUUUAAUUUGGCCGUCUACUGUCACUAUAGUCACCCGUCCCUUGGCUAAUACCAAGAAACAGCAAACUACCACUUCAACUACCACUUAGUUUCUGGGAAAAUAAAAACCUUGUGUGGUUAUGUCGUUGGGGGCGUGGGAUGGGUGGGGUGAAAUGCAAAGAUUAGAAAAAUGUUAAAUUUCAUGGGCCGUUGCAUGUUUUUUUUUAUAGGUCAGGUUUGACGUCGGACGAUGUAAACCUCUGUCCAGCAUAUAUCAUGGGCUCACUAACACAGUGUGCCAUCACUACACGGCAGGAUUGGUAAGAAUCAGUGAACUGUGUUGGUAGAACAAUCAUGGAACUAUUGACUGAAGAAAGAAUGUUAAUGAGUAAAAAGCAAGAAGCUUUCCCUCUUAAAGGAAAUACAAUCUUUGACCAUGGUUUAUUUGCAAUUUAUUCGGGGCCGGAAGGGUGAAGAUGCGAAAUAUUUAGGAUCGCUUUUGUGCGAGGCAUAUGAUUACAUGUACAUAGUAACGUAUACGCAACAAUUUACUAGCUUAUUUUGCACACCGAGAUCCUAAUGCUUACUUCUGUUUCUUGGUAUUAGGGCUUAGCACAUGUAGUGAUUAUUUCCAGAAUUUUCCGUAUGAGAGGAAAUCCCUAUCUUCUGAUGUUUUGCCAAUUCGUAUGGGUGCAUAAUUGUGUGAAGAAACUUUGGACAUCCCAUCCUAAAUUAUUCUAAUGUUAUCUUUUUGUCCUCCCUUGUAGAAUGCUUCUUGGGUAGCAUUUGGUCUGUGUGCUCUUGUUCUUCUGAUCUCCAUCAUUCUUUGUGUAAGGGCCUCAAAGCAUUUUCGGCGGACAAGAACGAUCAGUGGAAUCGAAGACGAUCCAGGUGAGGCGUUAAUCCUUUUUCAACUAUGAAUUGUCCUUUUCCGAGAUCCAAAACCUUUCACUUCCAAAACGAGGCUUAUUGCAAAUCCUUUCUUAUAAACAUGAGUUUUUAUAUUGCUAUACAUGAGAAUAAAAACUCAUUUUCAUGUCAAUUGCUUCGCACUUAUCCUCACAGUUUGAAACUCAGGCUUAAGGCGUAGCCUAUGUACUUCAUUUAUAAAUUAACAAAUUUACAUCGCAACCGCCCGUUAGUGCCUGUGUGGAACCACCUUGUCCCACUUUUGACGUCAUCAAUUUUAAAGGUCAUAGACAACUUAAGACCUCACUUGUGCAGAGGAAUUAGAUGUUUCAAACCGGACGGAUAAAAAACGUUUGAAAAAAAAUGUAACUUUUACUAGCCAGUGAAAAUUCUGUUCCAAUAUCAACCUGUACUUUCAAAAUAAUAAACCAUCCUAAAAUGAGGGAAGAAAACGAAAAGAAGCGGGAAAGCGAAGCUCCGCCCUGUUGACCGUAACUUGCAAACAUCCAAUCAAUUUUUGCCCAGAAACGGAAGACGAAAGCGUGUCAUGCCCCUAGGUAACCCGCAGUUGCAUUUCUUUGCCUUAAGAGUGAUCUAGACUCUAAACGCACCGUUCACUUAAUGUCUAGUCGGUGUUUUACUGCGUCAAAACUUUUUAAAACAUUUGGCUGAGUUGCUUUUUUCAGGAAUUUCGAUAUGCCAUCUCGCAAGAUUUACUCUAGUCAGUUUAUAUAACUCCUUUGCCAGGUCUUGAACCAUCUGUCUUGCCUGGGUGUCUUUUUUAGAAAAUGUGUCCGCGAGGCGGGUGUUGACUGUAGAUAUUUUUAUUUUACAUUUUUUGCUGCGUUGUUAGUGAAGCGACCUUCCAAGGGAGUGUCCAAAUACAUCGAAUUCAACCCAGGUUAAAUGUCCGAUGGUUCGUUCAGCAUUGCGAUUUUCUGAGACUGACUUCAAGAACUAAUCUGGAUAAUCACUUUGUUUUUUCAGCACCCGCUGGAGAAAUAGAAAUGCCCUGGAUGGACAGAGCUGCUGACAAGCAAAGCUUGAUUCACACUUAGACUUUUUCGUGCCGAUAAUUCUGUAGGUUAAACGGUGGAAAAAAUUUCAAAUUUCAUUCAUCACAAGGAAGGAGAGUUUGGAAACACCUUGAUUAAAAUGGCUCAGUUUUAUGAUUUCAAGAACAAUACUACAGUGCUUACUGCUAAUAGUGAAUUCUAAGUUCUAAGCAGCUUUUUUGCCGUUCGUAAGGGUCAGACUCAUGAACCAAAUAGAAAUUGAUUCAUGUGUGAUUCGAGGAAAACGGAUUUGAAGGUUUUGAUAGAUUCGACCUCUUCGCGAUAAAAAUUUAUUGGAAAUACUCUCGUGAUGUUGUAAAAUUAAUAACAACUAAACAAGAAAAAGGGAAAAAAACACCCGGCUUUCGGACACAAUCUCUCGGACUCACACCCAGUUAACAAAAGACUGUUUACAACAAGAACGAUUUCACAUGAUGUCACGGCUAUCAUAUCGGUGUUCCGAAACAAUGAAACAUUGGCCGUGUUGGUGUACCAAUAAAAUCUACUGGAGUUGAACUCCUUUCUUAUUUAAACGCUUUCUGUUGUUCCAGAAAGUUAACAUAGAUGAUGGCCACGUGAGUGAAAACGCUCUAUUACCCUAUUUUUUAUUUAUUGUGGCGAUCGAGCGCUUACUUAAAUUGGUGGCCAUCAGCACAUGUACCGAUCAAGGAGGCGUGCGUCGGGAUUUGUAGUUUUAGGUUAGGCUUGGUAUAUUUAAAGCCAAGAUGGCGUCCGUGACAUCGAGCGCUCGAUCUUGACGAUGUUACGGUAAAUAAGGGGCCUGUAUAAAAACAGUCUUAGUCAAUACGGACACAAGUCUAGUAGCGAGAAACAACGGUCUCCAUUGCGAAUACAUGGUUGUGGUCCUGAAGGUGUAAUUUCUGUCGUUUGAGCAACAUGGAGCUGAGAAGAUGGAGUAGGAUGUUAAAAUUUCAAAGCCAAAUUUUAAGCUGGCAAACAAAUUCGUCUUCCUAUGUUCAUGUCCUCCAUAAAACGUCACAUGGGAAAAUUUCAUGUGAUAGUCGAAUAAGAAAGGCAAAGAAAUCUACUGGCGAGUGUGAUACACAAGCGGAAUUGCAGUCCACGUUUGCAUUAUCUCCCCAUUGUACGAUAUUGAGAAAAUAUUGGUAGAACAAGAACGGUAUAUAAUACAAUGACGUCAGUUUUCAAUCAGUUAUAGUAAAUAAUAGAAGAGGUAGAUAGAAAAAAGAUGUCAAGUUUCAUUGCACGGUAGAAAUAAAAUUUAAAGUCUUUCUGGAG